AUGUCCUGUCCUCAAGUUGCCAAGCUCAAAUUUGAGCAUCACCAUAACGGUCUCGGUGUAGACAGGCCUAGACCUCGACUUUCAUGGUCCUUCGAAAUAUCGCCCUCCACAGCUUCAUCAUGGGUACAAACCAGUUAUGAAGUUGAGGUCACCUUUUUGAGCGCAGACGAUACUCAAGUAUUCACCGCUGAGAGUAAAGAAUCAGUUCUGGUACCAUGGCCGGCCAGGUCACUUUUAUCUCGCGAAUCUGCGUCGGUUCGUGUCAGAGUCUACGGCAAAAGCCUCGAGCAAGACUCUCCUAUACUGGAGCCUAGCCCUUGGUCGACUGCUGCGACCGUCGAAGCCGCUCUUCUUGACACCAGCGACUUCGAGGCAAGCUUUAUCACCUCAGCAGACCGAAUUGGACCCUAUGGGCCUCUACGCCCGAUUCGGUUCCACAAAGAGUUCACUUUACCGCCAGAUGCCACGAGUAUCGCUCGAGCACGAUUAUACAUAACAAGUCUUGGCGUAUUUGAGGCAACCAUAAACGGACAACGUGUCGAUAAUGAGGUCCUGGCCCCAGGCUGGACGAGCUACAACCAUCGUCUCAUCUACCGUAUCCAUGAUGUUACCUCCUUACUACUCCCCGGCCAGAAGAAUAUCAUCAGUGCCGAAGUUGCUGAGGGAUGGUAUGCAGGAAGACUCGGCUUCAAAGGUGGCAAGCGGUUCAGGUAUGGCGAUGAGCUAGGCCUGUUCGCUCAGCUAGAGGUUCAAGAUGCAGCUGGUAAAAUAUCUUGGGAUCUUGUCUCGAACGAUACAUGGUUAUGCACCACGAGUCCAAUUGUUACGAGCGAGAUCUACGAUGGCGAGGUUUAUGAUAUGAACCAUAUUCCCUCGGAUGCGGUUAAGACAAAGGUUCUUCCGAAGCCAUCGGCUCGACUCCUAGCACCCGACAUCCCUCCUGUCCGUGUCACAGAGACCAUGCUCUGCAAACGUGUCUUCAGAAGCCAGAGCGGCAAGACGAUCUUGGACUUCGGCCAGAACCUCGUGGGCAAGCUCUUCAUACCAAGUCUACCGACUGAGAAGGACAAAUGCAUCACUUUUCGUCAUGCCGAAGUUAUGGAGAAUGGAGAGCUGGGCACACGGCCACUUCGCGGCGCUAAAUGCUGCGACACUAUCAUCGGUUCAGGCGAUGUUCUGUCGGAGUGGUCACCUAAGUUCACCUUCCACGGAUUCCGGUAUGUCGAGGUUGAAGGAUGGCCUGGCGAUGGCCCCACGCCUGAUGAAGUCCAAGCUCUUGUUCUUCACACCGAUAUGGAGCGGCGAGGAUUCUUCGAAUGCUCCAAUCCAUAUAUAAAUCAGCUACACAAGAAUAUCGUCUGGUCAAUGCGCGGCAACUUUCUCUCGCUACCUACAGACUGCCCGCAGCGAGAUGAGCGUCUCGGAUGGACCGGCGAUCUCCAAGUAUUCUGCCCAACAGCAACAUACCUCUAUGACACACUGGGUAUACUUAGUAACUGGCUGCAAGAUGUAUCAGCAGAACAACUGGAGGAAGGGAAGGGCGGUAUACCUCCUCUUGUAUGUCCCAAUGCCAUAAGUUCAAACUGGCCUCAUAUGGCUCAGGCGAUCUGGGAUGAUGUCACGAUCUUAGCUCCAGACACUUUGUAUCAGUACAGCUCUGACAGAGGCCUCUUGGAGACACAGUUCGAUAGCAUGAAUACUUGGCUAGAACAGGGCGUCGAUCGGGCUCCAGAUGGACUUUGGAACCCUGAUAAGUGGCAGCUGGCAGACUGGUUGGACCCCAGCGCGCCACCUGAAGACCCCGGUAAUGGACGAACUGACAACAUCCUCGUUGCGAAUGCUUAUCUUGUGCAUACGACACUGGUAUUUUCCGAGUUAUGCCCCGUCCUAGGAAAGACGGAGCUCGCUGCCAAGUAUGCACAAGAUGGGGAGCGACUCAAGGCCCUGUUCCAGCGAAGGUACAUCACAGCCGAAGGUAAUUUAAUGUCAACAUCCCAAACGGGUUUUGGCCUCGCUAUCAGAUUUGGCCUUUACCCAGAAAACGAGGAACAACGCAAAACUGCUGGAAAAGCCCUCGAUCGUCUAGUCCGUACCGCUCGCUUCCACAUCAGUACAGGUUUCGCGGGAACACCAGUUAUCUCCCAUGCGCUAUCUGAGAUUGGCCGUUCACAGCUGGCAUACCGUAUGUUGCUCGAGACGACAUGCCCCAGUUGGUUAUACGCCGUAGUAUCCCACGAUGCAACGACCGUAUGGGAGCGCUGGGACAGCAUGUUACCAGAUGGACGCAUUAAUCCCGGUCAGAUGACGAGUUUCAACCACUAUGCACUUGGUGCAGUAGGUGAUUGGCUUCAUGCGACUGUGGGUGGCAUUUCGCCUCGCGAGCCAGGUUGGCGCGUUGUUCGAGUUCGCCCCCUUCCUGGAGGCAAUAUCACCAAUGCCAGGGUAUCAUUCAAUGGACCUUAUGGACUUGUUGCGUGCGAAUGGAGACUUGAAGGUCAACGGUUUACUAUGUCGUUGACUAUCCCUCCCAACUGCUCGGCCCUAGUGACUUUACCUUCAGAAGUGCGAAAAGACUUUAGCUGCGAGGUGGAGGCAACGCGAAUUCUUUGCUCUGGUCAUCACUUGCUGGAAUGUCAAUUUGAUGCUGGGGAAUGGCCGCCUAAGCCAACGAUUGCUGCAAAUCAGCCCAUGCCUGUAGAUAGUAUUGCCGGGUAG